UAAAUGUUAAUACUGCUAUAUACAAUCAAAUGUUCGAUCCUUUAGAUCAUGUAAAACGACAAAAUGAUAUGAUUUCUUCCCCUUCUACUACUACUUCUAUAAUGGAUUUAAAUAGACAACAACAUCAGAUUGACCAAUCAGCUGUCGUAAAUCCUUUAACUGCUCAUGCUGUUGUACAAGCUGUUGCUUCUGCUCAACAAGUUUUGAUUCAAAAUAUUAUUUCAAGCCGCUUUGCUGCCGCUGCUGUUGCUAAAGUUCAACAAGUCGCUCAAGUUCAACAACAACAACAACCUCCUCAAAAUUUACCUAAUGAUCAAAAUUCUUCUGUUGUUUUGGUCAUUGAAAAUCCGGGUACGAAUAAUCAAACUACUACUACAAAUACUGUUCAAUCUGUUGUCAGUAAUGAUCCUAUGAAUCUUGUGGAAUCUAUAGCUAAUGCUCAAAUGGUUGAAUCGAUGAAUUUAGUUGAACAAAACAGGCGUUUAGCUAUGGAAAUCGCUAGUAAUAAUCAAUUGGCCGCUAAUGUUAAUGCUUCUGCCAAUAUUGUCAGUCAAUCG